AUGAAGGAACCCAAGGACGAGAUAAGGAGCUUCGCACAGGUGUACAAGUACAACUUGAAGCCGUUGGCCGUCGACCGCUUUGCCGCCUUCCUGAAAAAGUAUGACACUGGCGAGAAGUACCGUCGCGAUCUUCUGCGCGACUUGUUCAACUUGAUUCGAGAGCAGUGCUGUGAAAAUCGACUUGUUGAUGAGUUAAAGGCAGAUGCGGUCAUCAGCUUACAAGAGGCAAAGAUAAAGGGAUGCCUAGGCGCCGAGGGGUCGUCAUCUGUGCAAGUUGUCUCUCUGGACGCUGUUCCCAGAGUCUUUGUCGACGAGGUAAGUAACGAUCUGAGGGUAGGCAGCUCCUCCACUGCAUUGAACCGCCUUCAGUGCCUUAAUCAGCGCUAUGCACUCGCUCGUCGGCGUUGUUUACGAUGCGGGCUCUACCAGAAAUCGGUGGAUCAGCGUGCGUUACAAGACGGUUCCCUAGUUCUUUUGCCCACCUCUGCGCUUGAAGGGCUCGAUUCAAAUCUUCAGAUUGCUGUGCUUGGGCUCCUGGUAGUGCGCGAUGACGAAGUGUUCUUGGAGGAUUUAAGGGGAAAGGUUAAACUGAAAUUCAGUGAGCAGUCGCGGGUCACACAGCACUGCUUUCUAGGAAAUGGGUUCAUGGCUGUAGUGAGCGGGUUCUGGGUGAACAGCUUUCUCCAGGUCGCACGAGUGGACCUCCCGCCAGCAGAGCGGCGGGAGGUCACGCUGCGCGAUGUCGGCCCUAGCAUGGACCUAUUCGGACUGGCCCCGCAGUACCCCAUGGAGGCUUUGCGAGAGGAGAGAACGCGGGUACAGAGUGUGAUCAUUGUCAUGGCGCAUGUACACCUCGACAAGGCGGGCACAAUGAACAAGUUGGCUCGCUUUUUUGAGAGGAUGCAGGGUUUAAGUGAGUCAGAUCUGCGCGAGGUUACCUUUAUCUUCACGGGAGACUUUUCGUCCGUCCCGCUCCACUUUGGCGAUGCGUCUCACUUGCCUGACAUCUUCGAUAAUUCGGACCGCAUGCAGGUCCUCCUAGACGGACUAGGUCGUUGCAUCGCUGUCAAUGCUCCCACCGCAGCACAGUAUAGCCAUUUUGUGCUUAUCCCAGGCCCUAGCGACAUGACCGCCUUGCAGGGCUUUCAGCCACAAACGCCCAUCGCCGCACACUUCGCCAAGGGCGUGCAGAGUCGAACAAAGAAGCUCACCCUCGCACCGAAUCCUUGCCGGUUGCGCUUUCACACGCACGAGGUCAUCAUCGCUCGCCGUAAUUUCCUGCGCGAUUUUCAGCACGGCGAGUCGCUCUAUCCAUGGGACCGUUAUCGAGCAAGGGAGCACACCGACGCGGCACCGAAUCAGGGUGCUCCUAGUGGGGUCGAGACAGUCACUGCAACAUCGUUUGAGCGCGUUACCAAGACGGUGCUGGACGAGGCGCACCUUUCACCCAGCAUUGACGAGGUGGUUUUGUGGAAAGUGGACGACGCCUUGCGCAUUCCGGUGCUGCCGCACACGAUGCUGCUGUGCGACUCAACGGAGCAAUGGGAGUGCCACUACAAAGGUGUUCAUGUCGUGAACCCCGGCUCCUUUGCCGUCGGUGGCACAUUCCUUUGGUACACUCCUGCAGACGGGCAGUGCAGCCUCAGCAAACUGGAGUAA